AUGGCUACUGUCAACAUUCGUCGGGACGUUUCCGAUCCCUUCUAUCGUUAUAAAAUGGAACGUCUACAAGCCAAAAUCGAAGGCAAAGGCAACGGUAUCAAGACUGUAGUUGUCAACUUGAACUCUGUCGCCCAGGCGCUUGGUCGUCCUCCAGCGUAUUUGAUCAAAUACUUUGGAUUCGAACUUGGCGCGCAAGCCAACCCAAAACCGACCGACGACCGUUGGAUUAUCAACGGUGCCCACGACGCUGGCAAACUUCAGGACUACUUGGACGGAUUCAUUUCCAGAUUCGUCCUGUGCAAGAAAUGCAAGAACCCUGAAACAACCGUUGUUAUAAAAGACACUCGUAUCCUUUUGGACUGCAAAGCUUGUGGUGAACGCUCCGAGGUCGAUGGCCGCCUCAAACUUAGCGGCUUUGUUCUGAAGAACCAGCCAAAGAAGGGAAAGAAAGACAAGUCAACCAAGAAAACCCGACGUGAGAGGAACAAGGAAAAGGCAGAAAACGGAGAAAAUGGAGAAACCAACGGAAGCCCGGGAGACAGCCCUUCCGAGGGAGAUGAGAACGGUGACGUGGAAGUGGGAGCCCAUAGUGACGACGAAUUCACACGUCGAAUUAAUGCCGAAGCUAAAGAAAUCGAGCAAGACGAUGAGAUUGAUGACGAUCAAUGGGCCGUUGACGUCUCCGAAGAAGCCGUCAAGGCUCGUGCUAAGGAGCUACCCGACGAUCUCAAACGCUCGCUUAUCACCUCUGAGCGCCAUAUGAAGGCCCUUCUCGGGGGCACUGAACGUUUCGUUGGAAAAGAACGUCCCGAACUCAUUCCGCAAGUUCCAGCCAUCCUGCUCGCUUAUUACCAGGAAGAUCUGGUGUCAGAAGAAGUUCUCAAAAGCUGGGGUUCGAAGGCCAGCAAGAAGUACGUCGACCUGCCUACAAGCAAGAAGGUUCGUAAGGCUGCGGAGAAGUUCCUCGAAUGGCUCGAGACCGCCGAGAGUGAAGAUGAAAGUGAAGACGAGGAGUAA